UCUGUUUUAUCUGCGUCAUCGCCCCCAGUUGUACUGGCUGAGUCCGGCUCAUGCUGCGGUACUGAAGUGGUUGCAGGUUUCCAAAAAGCAACUAUGCUGGUUACUAAGGACUAACAUCACACAUGGCAUCCAAGUGAGCUCCCUCAUGCUGGUUGGAAAGGUCUUCAGUAUUCGUGGAGGUGUCGGUUCUUGCAUCGUCAGACCCUUGGCUCGUCUGUUUACCUGCCCCAGUAACAUGGCCAAGAGCAAGUUUGAGUAUGUCCGCAACUUUGAAACUGAUGACACCUGUCUAAGAAACUGCUACAUUGUUGUGAGGCUGGAUGGGCGCAACUUCCACAAGUUUGCAGAGCAGCACAAGUUCACAAAACCCAAUGACGACAGAGCCCUGGGACUGAUGAGCCGCAGUGCGCACUCAGUCAUGGAGGAACUAGAGGAUAUUGUCAUUGCUUACGGUCAAAGUGAUGAAUUCAGUUUUGUUUUCAAGAGGACGUCCACCUGGUUCAAGAGGAGAGCCAGUAAGCUCAUGACUCAUGUGGCGUCCCAGUUCUCCUCUUCAUAUGUGUUUUACUGGAAGGAGUUUUUCGGGGAGCAGCCCCUCCUCUACCCCCCUGGCUUUGAUGGACGGGUGGUCCUGUAUCCUAGCAACCGCAACCUCAAAGACUACCUCAGCUGGAGGCAAGCAGACUGUCACAUAAAUAAUAUGUACAACACAGUGUUUUGGACUUUAGUACAGAGAGGAGGACUCACUACAGUCCAGGCAGAGGAUCGCUUAAAGGGAACACUAGCUGCGGACAAAAACGAGAUCCUGUUCUCAGAGUUUGACAUCAACUACAACAAUGAAUCUUCCCUUCACAGGAAAGGCACCACUCUCAUCUGGGAAAAACGAGACGAAACCGUCACUAAACGCUUAAAACUACCAAAUGAAGAGGAGAAGGACGUGCAUGUGACACGCAGCAGGAGGAGGGUGCAGGCAUAUCACUGCGACAUUAUAGGAGAACAAUUCUGGGAGGAACACCCAGACAUCCUUGAGGACGACAACAGCUAACAGUUCCUCCCCUGCGGUAGGAGAUUUAAUACUGAACUGAGUCUGGCUGGAACCAUUAACGUGGACCCAUUCAAGCAGUGACUCUAGAUGGACAGACACAGCUUGAUACUGGCUGAUGUAGAUGAUGUUACCCAGGACGCUUAAUACCCUUGAAACCUUUGUCUGUUUUCUGAGAUUGAAGCCUUUGAUGAUUGACUUUGUAUCAUUGCUCUUUCACAGCUGGAACAUAUACUCUCUUCAUGUAUUAAACUUCUAUCAUAAUCUUCCUUUAAAGUGGGAAGUUUUCUG